CCGGCCGGGCGGCCACGCGGGCUCCGGUCCGGCCAAUCCGGCGGAAACUUCGGCGGCCCCCGCCGAGUCCCCCCGCGCCCCCGGCCGCGCGCGCUCCCCGCGUCGGCUCCCCGGGCGGGCUGGGCGCGCCCGAAACCGGGUCGGAACCUCCAGCCGCUGCGCUUGCCGCCGGUUACCGUGGCAACACCAUCUCCGGCGCCCGGCGGUCCAAUCGGAGCCGGCGGCCUCGCUCCAGCCUUCCCGAGUGGCAUGUCCUUCCGCUGGCCGGGCAGCUCCCUGGGAGGCCACGCGUGGAUCCUCAUCGCCAUGUUCCAGCUCGCCGUGGACCUGCCGUCCUGUGAGGCCCUGGGCCCCGGGCCUGAGUUCCGGCUCCUGCUGCGGCCGCCCAGCCGGCCGCCCCGUCUGUGGGGGCUGCGCAGUGGACAGCCCACGCGGGUGCCCGUGCCGGUGUGGGGCCCACGGCCGCUGCCCCGCGCACAUGGGCCUCUGCCGAACCCGCGGGGGGCCCGGCGGGCGCACAGACCCCGGGAGCAGGCGGGCGCCCUGGUGCCCAAGGCGGGGCUCGCCAAACCCCCCACGGCCACCAGAUCCAGCCCAUCCCUGGGCGCGGCGUCCACCACCUCGGCAGCCCCUGUGGGCAGCGGGGCCACCUCGGGCCAGCAACCGCUGAGCAGGGGCCGGCGGCACCUCCAGGUGGCCGCGCUCGGCGCCUUUGACCUCCGGCCCGGCCGGCCCACCCCGGAGCCCGAGUUCAUCGCCUGGGGCCCCACGGGGGAGGAGGAGGGCCCCGAGCUCCACACGGUCCCCGGCGCCUUCGGCCCCACCACCGCCUACGUGUCCCCCACCCGGAGGACCACCAUGGCCACCACCAUCACCACGGCCACCGCCGCCACGUCCACGACGCUACAGAGCCCGGGCGCCACGGAGCCCCUGGGCCCGGGGCGGCGGUUCCCCUUCGGGGCCAGCACCACGGAGCCGUCCACCAGGCCCAGCAGAGACGCCAAGCCCCCCCGCGUCCUGGGGGAGAGCUCAGGCCUGGCCGUGCACCAGAUCGUCACCAUCACUGUGUCCCUCAUCAUGGUCAUCGCUGCUCUCGUCACGACGCUUGUCUUAAAGAACUGCUGCGCGCAGAGCGGGCACGCGCGGCGCAGCAGCCGGCAGCGCAAGCUGCAGCAGCAGGAGGAGAGCUGCCAGAACCUGACGGACUUCGCGCCCGCGCGCGUGCCCAGCACCCUGGACGUCUUCACCGCCUACAACGAGACGCUGCAGUGCUCGCACGAGUGCGUGCGCGCCUCCGUGCCCGUCUACGCCGACGACACGCUGCGCUCCGUGGGCGAGUUCAAGUCCACGUUCAACGGGAACCGGCCGCCGCCCUCUGACCGGCAUCUGAUCCCUGUGGCCUUCGUGUCUGAGAAGUGGUUCGAGAUCUCCUGCUGACUGGCGUGUGUUUUUACCUCCCGGGGGCUGGGCAGAAGCCAUGCAUCCUCUUUAUGGAUCCCGUCGGCGAACCUGUAAAAAUACAAACUACAAUAAACACA